UGUCACUGCGAACCAGACGUAUCUUGGUUCGACUGGGUGGGUGAAUGGCUCGCUAUACAUGCAGAGCUUCGACGCGGACAACAUAUACGCAUAUCCACAAACCGGGAACCACCACAACGUCAAUCUGACAAUACUCCCGAAUGAUCUGGCUUCUUUGACCUUUGGUGCGGCUGAUCAAUGGGUAACCACCGCUUUCCAGCUGGCAGAUUUCGUGCUUUCCAACGACACAUUCCGCAUCCCCGUUUUUUGUGUCUAUCCAAUAUCCAGCCAGUACGAUGUUUUACCCCGGGCGCUCUUUUACCUGCUCCUGAUCCUAUCUCUUGUUUUCCGUCGACACACUUUGCUCUCGACGGCUGCUCUGGCCACAACAAUGACCUAUUCGGCAACCGCCGUGAUCCAUGUUUUCGCACUGCUGGCUCAGUAUCGCUUCAACACUGGUCCAGGCGACGCCAACUCAGCCAAAGAAUACGGCGAUGUAGAUCUGCUAGCCAUCUUCCCAAUUCUGGCCGCAGCUGGCAUCAUGCUGGCGCCCAUCCUCAAUUGGUCUACUACAAUCCGUCGCCAUCGAGCGCAAGCUAUCAUCAUCUGGUGGGGCAUCUUGAUCUUUGUAGGCCUUGUGCCAGCGUGGAUCUACAUGUACGGCUGGGGUGAGAAAUUCGAUCUCGAUACCCUGGAGUCAUUCGCAGCCUGUCCACGAACCUCGGAUUCCCAGUGCGACUUUGGUCCAGAUUGGAGCUUUGAGCAUGAUUUCACCUACGCCCUCUUCAAGAGGUGUAACUGCGUUGACUUCUGCGCGACGCUAAGCCCGACAGCUCCCAUGAGGUCCGGCUCCAACAUGGUGGCCUGGAUCGGUCGUAAAAUCAGUUGGCAAAUCGGCGAGGGGGACCGCGUCUGGUCGCUCUGGACAUUUAGCUGGAUCGUCCUGAUAUUCAUAGUUCUCUACGGCAUUUUUGGCAUCAUAGCGAGCCGCUCUAGCCCCGCCUCCGUCCGAAACGCCUUCUUCAAAUUCCUCAGCUCCGGCCGUCGCCAAUGGAUCCAAGUCCUCUUCGAAGGCAGGCGACAAGAAAAGCUCCUAGACAAAUUUCACCUCACAACGCAUAAACCAUCGCCCCCCACCGGCCUGCGCCGCCUCCGCCACCACAUCGCCAAAUACAUCGCCGCGGGCAUCUACCUAGGCUCUGUUGCCGGCGCCAUGCUCUCCCCCGCAAUUUUCGUCACCACCGUCGUCUCGAACGAGCUCCUGCUCGGCAUGUACCCCGUGAGCGAGCACCACGACGCCGUCGGCGCCUGGGCGCCCUGGGUCAGCGUCGGCCUCGUGCUCUUCGCCGCCGUCAUGGACCGCUACUUCCGCCCGCUGCUCAUCUCCAUGCGCAUCGCGCUCGAGUCCCUCUGGAGCGUGGUGCGCUACUCGGCCCUCGAGCGGCGCGAGUUCGCCUCCAACGUCCAGACCCGCGAGACCCUCCGCCACCGCUUCGCCAAGUUCAACCAGGAAAUCAGCAUCCCGUUCCAGCACGCGUGGCACCGCGGCAUCCGACUCACAUGGCACGCGCGCGUCAAGGUCGCCGAGUUCGCCUGGUGGUGGAAGAACACGGAGGAGGCGUCCGCGCUCAACGACCGCGAGAUCCGCGCAUGGCAGAAGGCGCGGCGCCCGAAGCCGAAAUGCGCGUGCUUCUCGUGCGUCCGUCGAGCGGAGAAGCGCGAGAAUCAGAAAGCAGAGACGCGCAAACGCCGCGAGUUGUCCAAUCAGCCGUACGACAGCGACAACAGCGAGGACGCGGCCGAGCUGCAGACGGUGCUGGAGUACCUCCAGGCGCGCGUGAAGCGGCGGCUUGGGCCGGACUAUCAUAUUCGUCGUAGGCCGCGGGAAGGGUUUGCGAGCGCGGAGGUGUUGCCGCUGCCGGGGUAUACGAAGGCGGAUAUGAGGAGUCCGCCGCUGGACGAGUGUGCGGAGCUGCCGAAUUACGGGUACCUGCUGAAGCGGGUGAAGAGGCGGCUAGGGGAGAACUAUGAGAUUGUGAGGAUGCCAGGUGGCGGGGACGUGCCGAUGCGGUAUCUGGCCCGCGAGGCGGAGGGGUCGUGGCAGUCGCUUGAUACGGCCUAUGCGUCGCCGGUAAGUCCGGAGAGUGCGUCGGAUCGUCAGAGGCUCUUUCAGGAUGGUUGGAAACAGUAAUGGUCUAGAGCCUGGGUCGUGGAACACUGUGAGUACGAGUAUGUAGAAGAAAUGAUAUCGAUGCGAGCUAUGACUCCCAACUCGA